CCCCCAGUGCGCCGCGCGCGGCUGCCAACCGCUGCCGGCUGCUACGCAUGCGUGACUUAUAACAGGGCACAAGCGCCUCCGGAGGCUCUAAGCUUGCGCCCUGGGGCGGUUUCUGUUCCCGGAUGUUUGGAGUGUGUCCUGGAGAAGGGGAAGGAAAAAGUAAGGCGUAGAAGUACACUGAGACUUCGUCACACACAAAACAAGCACGACAAAGAAAAAGGGCGCGAAGGGACUCCUGGACGAAAUUGAGUCUACAUUUAAGAUCACCGUAAAAGUAGGGACGGCCUCUUUAUUACUCCAAACCCCAGAUUUAAGUCGGUGGGACGUCUUCGCGUUGACUUGUGGGGAAUGUAGUUUUGAUGCUGCCGGCGCGUUUUGUUUGCGACAGAAACUACAAUCCCCAGAGGCCACCGCGACGUCGCCUGUGGCUGCCCGCGAACCAACGGUUAGCGGUGGCAGGGGCUGACUGAGACCGUCUGCUUGAUAAUGGAUUCUGAGUUAAUGCAUAGUAUAGUGGGAAGUUAUCAUAAACCUCCAGAAAGAGUAUUUGUUCCCUCAUUCACCCAGAAUGAACCAUCUCAGAAUUGCCAUCCUGCGAACUUAGAGGUUACCUCUCCUAAGAUACUUCAUAGCCCAAAUAGCCAAGCUCUUAUUUUAGCCUUAAAAACUCUUCAGGAAAAAAUUCAUCGUUUAGAACUGGAGAGAACACAGGCUGAAGAUAACCUGAACAUUCUUUCCAGAGAAACAGCGCAGUAUAAGAAGGCCUUAGAGAAUGAAACAAAUGAGAGAAAUCUGGCACACCAGGAGCUGAUAAAGCAGAAAAAAGAUAUAAGUAUACAGUUAAGCUCAGCCCAGUCCCGUUGUACUCUUCUAGAGAAGCAACUAGAAUAUACAAAGAGAAUGGUUCUCAAUGUAGAGCGAGAAAAGAACAUGAUCCUAGAACAACAGGCCCAGCUUCAGAGGGAAAAAGAACAAGAUCAGAUGAAGCUGUAUGCAAAACUUGAAAAGCUUGAUGUCUUAGAAAAAGAGUGUUUUAGACUUACAACAACUCAGAAAACUGCUGAGGACAAGAUUAAACAUUUAGAAGAAAAACUGAAGGAAGAAGAACAUCAACGUAAGCUGUUUCAAGACAAAGCUUCUGAGCUUCAAACUGGACUUGAAAUCAGUAAAAUUAUAAUGUCUUCAGUUUCAAAUCUAAAGCACUCCAAGCAAAAGAAGACAUCUUCAAAGAAAACUAAAUGUAUAAAGAGAGGACCACCUUGGCAAAUUUGUUCAAAGUUUGGAGCACUGCCUUUUGUGGCUGAAAAGAGGAGGCAACAUCGUGGCCCACAUAUCCUUCAGAAACCUUUUAACGUGGCUGAGACUAGAUGUCUCCCCAGGCCUUCUAGAACAACUUCCUGGUGUAAGGCUAUUCCUCCUGACUCAGAAAAGUCCAUUUCCAUUUCUGACAAUUUAUCUGAACUUUUGAUGGCAAUGCAAGAUGAACUGGACCAAAUGAGCAUGGAGCACCAAGAACUACUGAAACAAAUGAAGGAAACUGAAAGCCAUUCAGUUUGUGACGACAUAGAAUGUGAACUAGAGUGUUUAGUCAAGAAAAUGGAAAUUAAAGGAGAACAAAUCUCCAAACUGAAGAAGCAUGAAGAGAGUGUCCGUAAACUGCAGCAAAAAGUUCAAAACUCAAAGAUGAGUGAAGCUUCAGGUAUUCAGCAAGAAGACAGCAACCCUAAAGGAUCAAAGAACAUAAAACAUAGCCCCAGAAAAUGUUUGACUGACACUAACCUUUUUCAGAAAAACAGCAGCUUUCAUCCAAUACGAGUUCAUAAUCUUCAAAUGAAAUUGAGAAGAGAUGAUAUCAUGUGGGAACAGUAACAAAAUAGCAAAACUGUCACCUUAAUGAACUUUGUCAAUGAGACCUUGAAUUGUCUAAAGUGGUUUUAAUUUAAUAUAACUUUGUGACAUUUUGAAUCAUGUUUCUAGCUUCUAUAAGACAUGAAGUUGCAGUAUUUUUAAAUUAAUGCCUAAUGACCUACUGGGUUCCAAAUAAUAAAUUAAUUGCUUUUUUGUUUUUCUUAUUGAUUGAAGCCCAUAACCUCAUCUUGUCUUAGAAACAUUGUUUGCUUUGCAGAUAUCUUAAGCUAAAUUUAAGAAAUUGUACUAGAUUGACAAUAUUCAAAAUUGAGUUAAAUCUGAGCUACAAGUACCAUUCAUUCCACUUUUCAUAGGUUUGUAACCUUAAAAACCAAUGUUAAAUGAACAGAGUUCAGAAAGAUCAUUUAGCUUUCCUGGUGCCUUCUUUCUAUUUUGUUUUAGAGCUGUGAAAUGUUUUUCUCUUUUGGAAAAGGAAAAGCUUAACAAUUAGACAGUUUUAUGAAGAAGCCUUUAAUCCAAGUUUUAUGAGACAAUAGGAACCCAUAGCUACUUAAUUUUUAGGAGACAGCAAUUCAGUUGCAGAAGUUUUCCUCUGCUGUUCCCAUUCUCUUUUACAAAACUAGUUUUUUAAAAAAAAAGAUCCAUUUUAUCUUACUACUUUAUAACUUUUGCUGACUUCUAUUCUUUGCAUUGUAUGUAAUGUCCAUCAGUAUAAAUUGAGACUGAAUUUCUAGGACCCACAAAAGUGGUAUUUUUUUUUACAAGAGAGUAUGGAGGAAGAGGAAGCUGGACAUUAAAUUACCUCAUCCAGCAGAAAUUCAGGGUAGUAUGGUAUAUUUUAAUUUUUUAUAUUUUAAAAUCAAUAAUGUCAAAAAAUGUCAUUGUGUAUGCAUGCUUUGUAAUAAAUUUGCACUUGAUCGUU